AUGUUGUCUCUAAGACCCAAUAAUAAUCAACCAAUUGAUGCAGCAGCUGAUAGAUAUUUCAUACUGCAGAAAUAAUUAUUUGAAACCUUGCCAGAUGAAUAAAUACAUCUAGAGGACUUCUAAAUUAUAAAUGGAUAUAUAAAUGGAAAAGGGAAAGAUUAAUCAAGAAAUACAGAGUAUUAAAUCGAGGGAGUACUAAAAGGGGAAAUGGCAGACGAUGAUCGAAUACUAAAUGAAGAACAAAGAUUAGUUAAUCUUCAAUACGAUGAUAAACCAUUAGGUCGAUUAAACAUUAGAUAAUAAAGACAUCAUCAUAUUGAAUUGAGAAAUCCUGCACCACCAGAUAUCUUGCUUACUAUAAAGGAACUCCCUUGUUUGUGCAAAGAGACUAAGAUAUAAAAAGUUUAGAAUUAACCUGGCUCUAAUUUAAAGACAGUUGAAUGCAGAAAAUGCAGAGUACAUCAAAGCAAUCUUCAGAUAAUUCUUCAGGAAUUAAGGGAAAUAAACAUCAUCAAUGUUAAAAGACUUUUCUAAAUAUAGAUGGGGGAAAGUAUUAAGGAUACUACAGUCUUUUAGGAUUUGAUACAGCUUAUAAUAGCUAAAUACUUAUCAUAAAAGUUUAAUAAAGUCAUUAAAGAUACUGGAUUUAGUUUAAAAUACUUAGAUACCUAUCUCUUAGUACCGCAUUUUAAUAACACAGAGUAGCAAUUCUAUUAAGUUGAAUUGUUUCAAGAAGGAGAAAUGGAAAAGUAUAACAUGCAAAUUGAGGAUUUCUCUAAUAGGAAAAAUAACUAAUAAUUUAAUGGAAAAGAGGCUAUUGGCAAAGAACUUUAAUAUUAGAAAUUAUAAGAAUUUUAUUAGCUAGCAAGUGCAUUUAGCCAUUGGACACAAUCAAUCACUGAUAAAAUGAUGACAAUAGUUGAUGUUUAGGGUUGGAGGAUUGCAAAUUCUUUAAUUUUAACUGAUCCUUUGAUUCAUUCGUACAUAGAGGGGAUGUUUGGAAAAGUUGAUAUCAGUUUGGAAGGUUAAAAAUAGUGGCUGUAGGAUCAUGAUUGCGAAAAUAAUAAAUUUUGCAAAUAUUUAGGACUUGAAAAAUCAAUAAAUAAGAAUAAUAUCUAGAUUCAAUUUGAACUAUCAUAGUUAUUGACAUAAUUUAAAGAUAACUAAAAGAUUUUCUAGAAUUAGUUCAAAUCCAUGGUUACUGAAAUAUAUAAUGAUGAUAAUUUUGAGAAAUCUAAAGAUGAUGUUGCUCAAAAAUCUACUUAGAUUGAACAAAAUUUAUGGCCAUAUCAAACUAAUGGGGAAGAGCAAAAAAAAUAAUUUUUGGAAAACUAUAACAAGAACUAAUGA